AUGUCCGCCCUCUCGGCUCCAGAUGCACCCCUUCAGAUUGAAUGGCAGCCGGUGCCCCUCCAGCUUGAUGCCACCGGGCAGACACAGCUUGUUAAGAAACCCAGGACCGCUCUACAGACCUACAUUCCCGGCUGUGAGCCUGCCUGGCAGGAUACCGACGAGAUUUCCGUCCAACAGUUCUUCACAGAGCUCCAGACCUACCUCCAGCACUGUAACGGCAGCCAUGUGGUUUGGUCAUGCGAGGUGUUAGGGUACGAAGAGGAAGGGUUAUGCAGUGUGGUUGGGUUUAGCGAAGCGGGUUUCUAUUAUGUUCUUUCUGUUUCUGUUAUGCGAGAGUAUGAGUCAGCAUUGGGAUAG